CUCCUGUGGGGAGGGAGAAAGCGAGUGAAGGCGCAGCCCGCUACCCCGGGAGCCAGUCCCUCGCGGCCCCCACAGUCACCGUGCGCGGCCGGUUGAUCCUUCCUCCUGCACCCGCCAUAGCCGCUCCGGACGCUCCCCAGUGCCGCACUUCCGCCUCACGUGGGUUUGCACUUCCGUCCAGUUCUUGCGCAUGCCCCGCCCCCAUCCUCUGUCGACCAAUCCCGGCGGGGGGGGAACGGCGAUGGGGCUAUAUAAAGCAUCCGUGCAGUCGGUUACCGACCUUUCCGAGUGCAGCGUCUGGAUAGGUCCGUGGACGCCAUCCUCGGAGCUGGCAUCUGUUGAAUUCCCUUCAGUUGUCCAAUAAACAUUGCUGGUGCCAGAAUCUGGGUCUGCUUUUGUAUUUCCGAGGCGGCAGGAUUCGGGUGACUGUACGCGCUUGUUAUCUUCGCGGAAUUUUUGUAGAUCUUUCCUGGACAUAAGGCCCUGUGGGGUGCGGCGACUUUGGGGACCUCCGAUGGCUGCGCUGCGCCGGACGUUGCGCGUGCCGCCCCUUCUGGCCAGGGCGCGCACCUCGGCGGGUUUUCUGGUCACUAGUUGCCUGGCCGACCGCUACCUCUGGGACCGGCUGCAUGCUCAGCCACGUCGGGGGAGUGUACCCACCUUUGACUGGUUCUUUGGCUAUGAGGAAAUACAGGGACUCCUCCUCCCGCUCUUGCAGGAAGGCCAUGCUACCUGUCCACUCAGAGUGCUGGACGUGGGAUGUGGAACUUCAGGCCUGUGCACCGGCCUCUACACCCAGUCACCACAUCCAGUGGACGUGCUAGGCGUGGACUUCUCUCCCGUGGCAAUAGCUCACAUGAACAGCCUCCUGAAAGGGGGCCAAGGCCAGAUCUCCCUGUCACCAGGACACCCUGCCUCCCGCCUCCAAUUCAGGAAAGCUAAUGUCCAGAAACUGGGACCUGUGACUCCCUCAGGCUCCUUCCAGCUCCUUCUGGACAAGGGCACCUGGGAUGCUGUGGCCCGGGGUGGGCUUCCUGGGGCUCACCAGAUGCUGUUGGAGUGCCUUAGGGUCCUGAGCCCCCAGGGGACCCUCAUCCAGUUCUCUGAUGAGGACCCAGAUGUGAGGUUACCCUGUCUGGAACAAACAUGUCGUGGCUGCACCGUGACUGUGCAGGAGUUAGGGCCUUUUGGGGGUAUUACCUACUUUGCUUAUUUGGUUAAAAGUACUCAUUAAAACACCCGAGUCCAGGGCCAGGGUAGGAGACAGGAAGGGCAUUGGGAUUAGAGCCCUGAGUGAAGAGCCGUGACGAUGGAUUUGAGAUUAUCUGACUCUUUACUUACUGGUUUUCCAAGCUGACUUGCCCAUUUGUAUCUUUUAUAAAUUUGCAUGUGGUGUUUACUAUCUGCCAGGAACUCUUAUAAAAAUAUUUACAUAUAAACUCAGGCAUUUACUCUUAUAGGGCACAUUUUCCAAUGCAGAAACAUGUAAAAUGAUUUGCCUAGUCACACAAUUAGGUAAUAUUUGCUCCAAAAUAAAAUUUGAUAGGUUACACAAAUCCAGAAUUUUUAUGGUUAGAUUAGAAACCAAAUAAAGGCAGUAUUGGUGGUGAAGCCUGUAAUCCCACCUACUCAGGAGGCUGAGGCAGGAAGGUUGCAAAUCAAAGCCAGA